AUGGGCUGGACGGGGACACGGGGCAUCGGCAUCGGCACGGACACGGCGACAGAUCUACCUCAUUCGCGUCCGUACUCGGCGUUCUACGCGCUUAAUGAGGAGCUCAAGGCCAAGUACGGCGCGGUGACUGUCGGCGGCCUCGACAGUGAGGGCGGGACGGGUGACUUGCUGCAAAUGCUUCCACCCAAGGCGCUGUCGCCCAAGGUCGGCGUGCGGGCACGGGCGCUGGCACGGUAUGUGCAGCUGAUGAUGGCGGCGCCUGGGCUAGCGGCGACGGACGAGGUGCUUUCCUUCUUCGACGUGCCGGACUGCGAUCCGCCGAUUGCGGUCGUCUCCAUCCCGACGACUGUCGACGCCAGCAACCACACCCUGUACAACGUGGUGGUGCGGCUGAACGGACCGGGCGCGAUUGCCUACGGCGUCCGCCGCCGGUUCUCCGAGUUCAAGGCGCUCAACACCGCGCUGACAGCAGCAUACAACAAGACGGCCACUAACCCGUUCCUCAACGCCUUUCCGCCGUCCAAGAUGUUUGGCAAGAUGGCGCCGAGCCUCGUCCGCGAGCGCCAAGCCGCCCUCGAGGCCUACCUCAAGUACGUCAUCCUGCACCCAGUCUACGGGGCCCACCCCAAGGUCAUCUCCUUCUGCUGCGUCAAUGCGCACCGCCACGCCCAGUCGAUCAACCGCGGUGAGCCGCUGUACGAUGAUGCCACUGCCGUCACACCGUCCGAGCUCGCCGCCUAUGUCGGGCUUGAGGCCGCACGCUCGUUCUCGCUCUCCUCUCACGGCUCGGAUACAUGA